CUUCCGUUGUCGAGGAGGCAAGCACGUGCCUCACACCUCUGCUAAACACUACUUCGUUUAGUUCUCCAACCGCCGUCAACUCUCUUUCUUUUCCAUUUCCUUAUCUCCAACAUGUCCGGUCGUCAGCAGCGUGUGAUGGUUCAGCCCAUCAAUGUGAUCUUCAAAAAUCUGCAACAACGAACGAAAAUUUCAAUCUGGCUGUACGACAACAUCGAGAUGCGGAUCGAGGGACGAAUCAUCGGAUUUGACGAGUUCAUGAACGUCGUGAUUGACGAGGCUGCUGAGGUGUAUGUGAAGGACGCAAAGCCCAGGCGAGAACUCGGUCGCAUCCUCCUCAAGGGCGAUAACAUCACCCUGAUACAACAGGUCGAAUGAUCUCAGUCUGUAUGUAUGAAAAAGUGUCACGACACCUGCUCAAGCCGCGCGAUCA